UACUACGCAUACAUCUUCACAAUACUCACUGUUUCAUGACAAAUCUUAUGGGCAGAUUUUUAUGAGCGCAGUUGUGAAUCCAAAUUUAACACCCAUAAAAACCUGACUCCUUUAAAUUUGAAUUUUCAAUCGCUCUGUCGGCGCCGCAUCGCAUUAGAGAGAGUCAGAGACUCCUUUUCAGUCACUCAAGAUUCCCAUAAAGCGAACCCCACACACAUAUUGAACAAAAAUGGAGCAGAGGCAGAGAAUUGAGAGACCUGAGAGAGCAAAAAGGAGAGAUCAGAAACAGAGAAAACGCCUCUCAACUGCUCGACGAAAUGCCUUCACUACUAACACUGACAUUAUUAGCGACCUGCCAGACUCUCUCCUCUCCCAUAUCCUCUCCUUUCUCCCAACCCGAAACUCUGUCGCCACAAGCAUUUUGUCGAGCAGGUGGAGGCCUCUCUGGACUCUCGUCCCUGCUCUUCACUUGGUCCAGAGAAAACUUACACACAAUCCAAAUUACAGUUUUGCAGAUAUAGUUUCUGGAAUCUUGACUGUUCGAGACUCCAUUUCCGAUCCCAUGCCCCUACACAAAUUGAUCAUUUAUUGGUAUCAAAAUUGUCUUCCCUCCAAUGUUAACACAUGGCUUCGCGCCACCAAUCUGCGUGAUUUGCAAGAGCUCGAUCUCCACAUAUUUAAUAAUGUUCACCAACCUUUGGAGUUGCCCCGUAGUAUCUAUUUUUCUACAACAUUAGUGGUUCUGAUAUUGAUGGCUUCAAUUCUUCUCAAUCCUCCGCCUGCUUGUGUGUUACCAUGUCUCAGGAUUCUAGAACUUACGCGUGUUAAAUUCGCAAACCGCGACUCUCUCUCUACCUUCCUCACUGCCUGCCCGGCCCUCCUCAGUUUGUCCCUCACAUUGUGUGGUUCAAAUUUUGAACACUGGGACGAGUUCAAUGUCGUUGUACUCGUACCUACGCUUAAAACAUUACGUUUACAUUGGCAUGUUCAGUCUUCAUCAUACAAAUUCCAGAUAAACACCCCAGCUCUCGAGUACUUUAAUUUUGAAGGUUUUUUGAAUGGGAAUAAUGUGGUGGAAAACCUCCCCAGUGUGGUUGAAUGUGUCCUUCAAUUUGAGCAAUGUGUUUUGAUGGAUGUUGAAGUUUAUGCAAAGAGAGUACGGGACUUCAUGGGACCACUCUGUAAUGUUAUUUCCAUGGAAUUUAGCACAAUUACCGCACAGAUCCUCUGCCAUGAUUUCAAUCGUGAAGAUAGUCCCACAUUUUAUAAUUUGUCCUCCUUGAAAUUAUUUGGUGGCAUUUCGUCUGAGUGGUAUGCGUGGCGUGAAGUACGUCUCUUGCUUUUUCGGGCUCCAAAGCUACAAAUACUUACAUUUGAAUGGAAACACUUGUUUGGCUUAAGUAUUUAUAAACCUAACCCUUGCUUGGAGGAGCCACUGGAUGUUCCUGAAUGUCUGUCAUCACACCUUACUACCUGUCAUUAUAAAGGAUUUGAAGGGAAAGAGGAAGAGAUGGAACUUGUUAGACAAAUCCUGGAGGCAGCAAAAGUAUUAAAGUCAAUGAAAAUCUCUGUUACCAGUUGUCUAGGCUUAAAGUCGAAGCUUCUUAUUCGCGAGAAAUUGGGGAAGUUUCAAAGGAGCUCUCAAAAUUGUAAAAUUGCAUUUGAAGAAGGACGUUUCACAUGAUGUGGCUCGUUCCUCUUGGAUAUUGCAUGUCACCUGCUUUGCUUUAAUAUCUUUGUGUAAUUCAUUUGCUGCCUUUGCUGUGUCGGAGUUUAUUCCUAGGGUACAAUGCAAAAUGCUUGAAGAUUUGAUUUUUA